CAUGCAGCUAAAUAUUCGCUGUUGAGAGGUAGUCUGUAUUUACUAUACGAUCGUUGAUUCCAAGGAAAUAUUUAUCAUUCGAAGCAUUUUCGUUUUGAUUCCCUAUGCCAAAUGUACAGCUGUUGUUUCAAGAAAGUUAGGUAAAGAUCGUUUGUUGAGAUGGAAGAUUACUGUCUCUUAUUGCUACUCGUUUUAACAUCCUUGACGUGCAUGAAACCCGGUUCUUGUGGGGGUGGAAAAGGCUUGACCUGUGAAUCAUACCACCCAGAUAAGGAUAUUUUGAAUGGAAAUGAAACUUGUGAAAAUACAGAGUAUUCCUGUUUCGUUUUAUGGAAAAAUUAUGUUAACGAAAGGAAUGAAACAUUUCACAAAGUUCUGAAGAAAGGGUGUUUUCAAGUGUCGUUCAACGAGAAGUCUCGAAACUGUAAAGCUGAGUGUAUUCAGAAUCCAGAAUAUGAUGCCUUCAGAAGUCACAAUGUUUCUGGAUUUUGUUGCUGCAAAGCCCAUAUGUGUAACAGGAAUUUUACUCCAGUUUAUUACACUGAGUCAACAGAAAGGAUUGCACCAACUUUCAGUCCAACAGAUUCUCCUGGGGAUAGUACAGACAAGGUUGCCAUCGUGGUGGCAUGUGUGAUGUUUGUUGUUCUCAGUUUUUUGCUGACAGUAGGUGUUAUCUAUGUUUACAAGUCUAAGUGCUACAAAGCCAAAUAUACUCCUGCAGAUCCUGAAGAAAAGGUACCACAUGGACCUGAGCUUGAUAUCAGUGGUUUGCGCUUUGAUCAAAUGGUUGGACAAGGGCGCUAUGGGUCGGUGUGGAGAUGCUAUCUUAAAGGGGAAGUUGUGGCUGUCAAAGUAUUUCCGCCAGGGCACAGGGACACAUGGGAGUCUGAACGUGAGGUCUAUGAAGGACAGUUAUCGCAUCCAAGUAUCUUAAGGUUCUAUUUUGCAACACAAAGACAGCAAAGUUAUGGACCAGAGUAUUUGCUAGUGACUGAAUACCACAGUAAAGGUUCCCUGUUGCAGUAUCUUAAGUGUAACACAGUGACCUGGCAAGAAAUGUGCAGUCUUGGCCAUUCACUGGCAUCUGGGCUGGCUUACUUACACAAUGAUGAUAACAAUGAAGGUAAACCAUGCUUUGUUCACCGUGAUAUAAGCAGCAAGAAUAUACUAGUCAGCCCAGUGAUCACUUGUGUACUGUCAGACUUUGGUUUUGCCAUGAAAAUGCCAGAAAUUGGAGCCACUAAAGGAAGUGAUGACAUUAUCACAGAGGUUGGAACACUUCGUUAUAUGGCUCCUGAAGUUUUAGAUGGAGCUGUGAACUUAAGGGAGUGUGAGGCAUCGUUAAAAGAAAUUGAUGUUUAUGCUAUGUCAAUUGUGCUCUGGGAAAUAGGAAUGAGGUGUUCUGAUAUUUAUGGACGCGAGCCUGUGCCAGACUUCAAACCGCCUUUUGAAGCUGAGCUGGGCUCAUCCAUCACCAGUGAAGACAUCCAGGAUUAUGUUGCCAGGCAGAAGAAAAGGCCAGGGUUUCCAGAUGUGUGGAAACACAAUCAUCCUGGUCUAAGAACAUUGAAGGAAACCAUAGAAGAUUGUUGGGAUCAAGAUGGGGAUGCCAGACUCUCUGCGCUGUGUGUGAAGGAACGUUUCUCAGAAUUGUUAAAAGACUAUCCAGAUGGCCUUGUCUUCACAUCAAGUGUUAAUCCUGUGCAGAAGAUUCUCCAAAACUACCCCACAGCACACUCACAGAGCUUGUCAAGUGUAAAUGGUCCUGUGUCCAGUGUCCCACCUAUCAUAGCUACAUACCCAUGGGUGGAUAAAUCCUCAAGCAACAGUAUGACCAUGACUACUGUAUGAAUAUGAACCUAAAAAAUCGUGAAAUAGCUGGAGGAAAUGAACUCUGAGUUUAUCAGAGAGAACAUAUACUGGAACUGGACUUCUCUAGAGAAGUCAGUUGCAUAUCAUACAAUUGCUACCAUUUCAUGAUUGCAUUUGAAGCCUAUGUUUUGCUAGGAAAGAAAACCAACUUCCAUGGCUGCCAGCAUUUAGUCUUUGUGCCUUGGUAAACUUGAAUACAGAGUGUUUAUAAGGAAUAAGAAUUUUCGGCCUAAAUUUUAUUUUUAUCCCAGAUGCUGAAAUUAUUUUUCUGUUACAACAUUUAUGUGCCGAUAAAUUCCUGGAGCAAGGGUUUCAAUAUGUUGGUAACCGGAAGUCUAUUGCCACCUUAAAGACCUCUCAAGGCUGUCUGUUUAGCCUGUGAACAGGUUCUCAUGCUUGGAUUUUGUCAUAGAGGAUGCAGCCAAUUUUGCCAUCAGCAGGCAUGUAUG